CCCUCCACUCACUUCACUUUUUUCUGUUGACCUCAGGUCAGGCAAGGGUACCCCCUGAACUUAAGCAUAUCACUAAGGGGAGGAAGAGAAACUAACAAGGAUUCCCUCAGUAACGGCGAGUGAAGCGGGAAGAGCUCAAGCAUUGGAAUCUCCACAAGCUUCUUGCUUGUGGCGAGUUGUAGUCUUUAUGGGAUGCGGGCCGUCGCAUGUCUUUGUGAUGGUGCACAGCUUUUGUUGUGCAUUGUUGUUUGGCGCAGCACCGAGUUUCCUUGGAAGAGGACACCGGAGAGGGUGAGAGUCCCGUUGGUGCUACAUUAUUUGCGCUGAUGUGCGGUGUGUGGUCCGUUUAUUCUGUUGAGUCGGGUUGUUUGGGAAUGCAGCCCAAAGCCGGGUGGUAAACUGCAUCCAAGGCUAAAUACUGGCACGAGACCGAUAGCGAACAAGUACCGUGAGGGAAAGAUGAAAAGCACUUUGAAAAGAGAGUUAAACAGUACGUGAAACCGUUGACAGAGAAUCGCUUGCAGCUAGCAGAGACUGGGCGCGCCUUGUGAUCAGGGCUUUUGGUGUGGUGCAUAACAGUGGUGCGGGGGGUGUAUUGUGUGUACUUGUUGCACAUAUGCGCCGCUGCGUUGCUGUUGUUGUGUGCUGCGCUGCCUGCACUCGCGGGGCGUGUCUGCCAGCAUGAGUUUUGUGUGUGAGAGACGGCGAUGCGAGGGCGCCCUUGUGCGUGGCGCAUCUGCUUUUUGUCUUUCUGUCGCACACGGGACUGAGGAAAUUAUCGAUGCGGUGGCUUUGUUAUGUGGUCUUUGGCAUGGGUGCUGUUUUCGGCAUUGUGUUGCGCAGACUCUUGUUUUGGGAUGGGAGACUCGUUCUCUUGUGCUGUUGACAGAGUGUGUGCGGGCGGUGUUGGGAAUGUUGCGCUUGCCGCUUGGCGCACACCACCGGGGAGAUGCUGGCGACAGGGCUGCAAACGGCCCGUCUUGAAACACGGACCAAGGAGUCUAACAUGUGCGCGAGUGUUUUAGCGAGCAUGAAGCUAG